AUGAUUUACUGUAUCUUGAAGAGGUAUUAGAACGCCCUAAUAUGCAUUUCAAAAUUUUAGUUGAUGAUGAUAGUGUCACCCUAAAGGGAGUUAUGUGGUCAUCAUCGGAACAACUAGAACUAUUGUCACAAUAUGGUGAUGUUAUUCUGAUGAACUCAACUUUUAAAGUCAAUUCUCAAGGAUAUCCUUUGUUUACACUAUUGGUCGCUGAUGCGUUUGGAAUCGGUCAACCUGUAGCACAUUGUCUUUUGCAAAGGGAAGAUAUUCCUAGUAUUUCUAAAUUUUUAUGUUGGCUUAAAGAAGGUCUAAACAAUGCAAUAUUUGUUAUUGAUAAAGAUUCUGCUGAAAUUGGAGCUCUUCGAAAUACCUUUCCUGGUUGCUCAGUAUUUCUUUAUCGUUUUCACAUGCUUAAAUCAUUUUUAGAAGAGCUAAACAAGCAUAAAUUUCCUGAAGAAAGGCGCAGCAAAAUUUAUGGCGUACUGUUGUUAUUAAUCAUAGUCAAUACUGUAAUAUAAUUUUUGUUAAUAAUAAUUAUUUUUAUUUUUUCAAAAUGGUACCAAGAUCAAACUUUAUAACUGGUUAAGAAUUUCUGUUGGU